UGUCGCUAACUUCAUUCAUAGCGAUUUCGAAACAACGAAAAGUCGAAAAUGAAAACAAAUCUGUGAUUGUUGUGGGCGUUGUCACACAUUGUUUCUGAUAAUUCAGUGAUUAUUACAACGAUAACCAGAUAAGACUCGCAUACUUUGUUAGUGUCCUAGAUAUCAAGUAUUUAUCACUUCUAUAUAAAUUUAUGAAACGUCAUUUCGGUAAAAGCUUUUGUCAGAAAACUGCACUUCGUUUUACUAAAGUUUUCGUUCGAAAUUUAAAUAUUUGAGUGUAAAAACGUAAUAAAAUUUAAGGUCUCGUAAUAUAAUGCAUUGUUUAAUUCACCAGUGUUAAUUCAUUGACUUAAAACAAUAAGAAUACUAACAUGUGAUUCACGAAUAUUUUCCUAUUGGACCGUGAAUUAAUCGCGUGAAAAUGAUUACUAAAGUGCUACUAACAUUGUUUAUAUGUGCAAAUGUGAAAUCUCAGUCUAACAAAGAUCUGUACAACGGACAGUACAACGGAGAUUACUAUAAUUCACAACAAGACAGACCUCGAGAUUCCAGGCUCCCUAAACCUGGUGACAGUGACUACAGAACCUAUGUGUACAAUAAUAGGAGAUAUGGCACAGACCCAUCAAGAUAUAACCCAUAUAAUCCUAAUAUAAAUCAACCUGGCGGGUUCCCAUACAAUCCUAUUGUCACAAAUCCAUUGGACGACCAAUUUAAAUAUAAUACUAACAGAGAUUCAAACAAUCCUGAUGCUCUAUUUCCUGGAGUGUUGGGUGGUUGGAGAGAGGAUCUACAAGGACGGGAGAGAAGGGACUCUCGCCAGUUGAAGAGGGAUGUAUUUGUUAAUACUAACUUUGGCCAAGUGCAGGGAUUUAAGGUGUAUCUAUAUGACAACCCAGACCCAGCAUCAGGGUAUAGACCCUGGCUGUCACCUGUGGAGAGGAUACAGGGAGAAGUGUCUGUGUUCCUGGGUAUACCAUAUGCAAGGCCACCUGUUAUUGAAGGGAGAUUUAAGCCCCCUCGGCAGCACCCCGGUUGGCAGCUCAUGCAGGCGGUGGACUGGGGCCCCGCGUGCCCCCAGCCCGUGCGCUUCACCGGCGCCACCAAGGGCAUCCGCGACAUGGACGAGGACUGCCUCUACUUGAACAUCUUCUCGCCCAAUACGGAGGCGGGCGCCACGGCUCAGAAGUACCCAGUGAUGGUGUACAUACACGGCGGCCAGUUCGCUUCUGGAGCGUCCAACCUCUUCCCCGCACACAUUAUGGCUGCCUUCUACGAUGUCGUUGUGGUCUCCUUGAACUACAGACUUGGUGCUUUGGGUUUCCUAUCAACUGGGGAUGAGAACUCCCCGGGCAACUAUGGUAUCCUGGACCAGGCGAUGGCUCUCCGCUGGGUGCGGGACAAUAUCGUGCGGUUCAACGGAGACCCGGGCUCCAUCACGCUGUUCGGACCCGGCGCAGGUGCCGCUUCGGCUGGCUUGCUGGCUGUGGCCCCUCAGACCAGGGAUAUCGUCACCAGUGUCAUCGCACAGAGUGGUUCAGCAUUAGCCGACUGGGCACUUAUAGAAGACAAAUACAGGGUACAGAACACGUCUCUAGUGUUUGGGAGGCUGCUGGGUUGUCCCAUAGAUUCCUCGUGGAGACUGGUCAAUUGUUUGAGCCAAGGGAGAAGUUUCUAUGAAUUAGGGAAUGCGGAGUUUGAGCCCAAUGUUGGAUUCAUUCCUUGGGGGCCGGUGCUAGAGAACAACUUUACGUUCCCCGGGGAUGAGUGGUACGAGGGUUGGAGGGAGAGGGACUGGCACUUCCUGUCCAGCAUGCCUGAGGAGUUGAUAGCACGGAGACAGUUCAACCCUGCAUUCAGAUACAUGACUGGAGUCACCACUCAGGAAGCUGCUUAUGUGUUGUAUAGAAACGAAUCCCUAGCGCCAAACUUCAUGAUCGACGAGCGCUGGUUCGACCAGAAGGUGCAGGAGUUCGUGCUGAGGUACAACUACACGCUGAACCCGCGCGGCGUGUACCAGGCCAUCCGCUACAUGUACACCUACCACCCGGAGCCGCACAACGUGAGCGCCAUACGGGACCAGUACGUGCAUUUCCUAUCAGACUUCCUGUACCGGGCACCUACAGAUAAAAUAGUGAAGCAACUACUAGAACAGAACGUCCCAGUUUAUAUGUACGUGCUCAACACGACCGUAGAAGCCUUCCUCUGGCCUGAGUGGCGCCAGUAUGCGCAUGACACGGAACAUUUCUUCCUCUCCGGAGCACCGUUCAUGGACCAGGAGUUCUUUCCCCGGAGGCACAGGAUCGAUAGACAAGCCUGGACCCCUAACGAUAGGAACAUGAGCCACUUCUUUAUGAAGGCCUAUACUGAUUUUGCGAGGUUUGGCAACCCAACCCGUUCCCGCAUCCUCGGCAUCCACUUCGAGAUGGCUGAAGCCGGCCAGCUGCGGUACCUCAACCUGAACACCACCUUCAACUCCAGCGUGCUGCUCAACUACCGGCAGACGGAGCUCGCCUUCUGGACCGUGUACCUGCCCACCGUCAUAGGGAGGAUGCUGCCUACGUAUCGGCCUAUCACUGAGUUCUGGUGGGAGCCCCAGCAACCUCUGCAGAUCGCGUUUUGGUCGGUGUCGAGCGCUUGCCUCCUGCUCAUCGUGCUGUUGGUGGUCGCCUGUAUGUUGUGGAGGAACGCCAAGAGAGAAAGUGAUCGCUACUACAACGGCGACAUAUUCAUAGUGCCCGAGCUAGAGGAGAGCGGCAUAGACAACGCGACGCGCUCCAGAGACAACAUCUACGAGUAUAGAGACGUGCCAGUAAAGAGACCGCACACGCCGCAAACUCUUACAAGAACUAUAAGCCAGCCCCAAACCCUGCAGUCGUCGCGCGCGCCGUCCGAGGCGUCCACCGAGUCGGCCAUAUCUCUCAAAGAGAGCGUGGUCUCCAAGACCCCCGACCCUCGCGCGCCGGCGCCGGUCCCUCGCGCCCGCUCUAGGACGCAGCUGGUGCAUGGGGUCCCGCAGACCACGGUGUGAUGACGUCAUCACAUACAGACAAGUUAGACGUCCAUUUAUGUGACGUCAUUAACUGGAGUAUGUGGAGCCGCAGACCAUUGUGAUUACGUCAUCUCUACCAGACUCUUAUGACAUCUACUUAUGUGACUUCAUUCACUGGUACAUGUGGUACCGCAGACCACUUUGAUGACGUCAUCACUACAAGGGUCACUGACACUAAUCAGUCGUCUAUGUCAUGUGACGUCAUUAAGGGAUUAUAUGAUGCAAUUUUAUCCUGAGUUUAUUACGUCAUUUCCCCCUAAAAGAGCAUCAGAGAAAUGUUUCAAUCAUUAAUUUAUAUAACGUCAUUUUAUUCAGAGUGCACAAAAAAUUAGUAUUUCUAUGGCUGCUUGCUUAGUAACUGAGAAGCCUUAUAUAAAAUCUCAUAAACAAACUCAAGCUCCGAAAGUAAAAACCUCGGAGGAUUUUUUAUAAAAAAAGGUCCUCAUUGGAGGCGAUUUUUUUAAUUUUCAUAAUUUUCAUGGAGACUUAUAUUAUAAGGCUCUGUAAUAAGAACAACUGUGUUCAUAAUUGUAUAAGAUUAUUUUUAUUUCUUGGCAGCUUUUUUCUAUAAUUUGUACUUUUUUUGUAUCACAAAUAUUUCCAUUUUGUUGUAAGUUAUUACCACCGUUAGCGUAAUUAAUGUUAUAUUGCUUUACCUCAAUUUUUGUAAAGAAUGUUGCCAUAAUUUUGGCUUUAGAAUAACGACCUGUACCGUUUUUAGCAUAAGAGCAUACGGGAUCCGUGUCCAAGACAUCUGACCUCACGGGAGCCGUGCCCAAAACAUCUGUGACCUCAUGGGAUCGGUGCUUGAGACAUGUGACCUCACGGGAUCCGUGCCCAAGAGAUCUGAUCUCACGGGAUCCGUUCCCGAGACUUCUGACCUCACGGGAUCCGUGCCCAAGACAUCUCUGACCUCAAGGGAUCCAUGCCCGACACAUCUGACCUCAUGGGAGCCGUGCCCGAGACAUCUGCCCCCACGGGGUCCGUGCCCAACACUUAUAAACUUCACGGGAGCCAUGCCCGACACAUCUGACCUGAUGGGAGCAGUGCCCGAGACAUCUGACCUUACGGGAUCCGUGCCCAAGACAUCUGACCUUACGAAAUCCGUGCCCGAGGCAUCUGACGUCACGGGAUCCAUGCCCAGGGCCUCUGACCUCAAGGGACACGUACACAGGACCUCAAGGAAGCCCUAUGUUCGCAAAGUGCGAUACUUGCACAUUUUUUCUUUUUUACUAAUCAAGACAUAUACAUUUACAUAUUUUUUCUGCGUCUUUAUUUUUCUUUUGUAAGCAAAGCCAACAUUUUUAAUGAAAUAUUUAUAUUUUAUAAAAUUGUAGAAUUGUAGAAUACAACAAAAUUAUAAAACAUCGCAAAUGCAAUAUAAGUUACCAACUUGUUUGGUUGUUUUAAAAUUAUAAGUACUACAUAGAAUGUACCUACGUGUUCAAACACAAUUUAACGAUCAUACAGUUUGAUAAUGACCUAAUUCAUGUAGUCUUGAAACUCCUCAAGGUACGUGAUGCGGUAUAUAAACAUAAACAUAAACAUAACAUAUUAUAUGACAAUAAUAUAUUCUAAAAACUCUAUUAACUAAUAUAAAGGCGAAACUUUGUGUGUGUGUGUGUGUUUGCUCCUCCAUUGCGCUGCGGCUACUGAAGAGAUUUGGCUGAAAUUUGGAAUCGAAAUAGAUGCUACUUUCCCGGAAAAAUCCAUGGUUCCCGCAGGAUUUGUGAAAAACUGAAUUCGUCGGCUAGUGCAAUAAUAUCAAUUUUCCUAAGUGCUCUAAAAAUACUGCAUUGUUUAUUCUUUUUGAUUCUGAACUGUAUGAUCGCUAAGCAGUGCUCUAUACUUCGCUAAUGCGUUUUAAACUUUAGUUGCGCUAGUUAAAAACAAAAUCGCAUAGUUAGACGAUGAGAUAGGUUGUUUUGUAAAUAGACUGAAAAUAAUAGUAAAUGUGAGAUGUUAUACGACACAAAAAGGAAAUGGUGUAUGAACAUUUAUUUUAUGCUUUAACUAUAUCAUUAUAAAUGCGAAUGUGAGUCUGUUUGUUACGCUUUCACGUCUAAACCACAGAACCCAUUUUAAAAAUCUUUUAAUUAAAGCCACGUUAUCAGCGUGUAACAUUAGCUACAUUUUAUCCCCGUAUUCCCAUCACAGGAACGGGAAUGGUUCAUCUGCUAAAAGCGAGUGACAUCACCUUUAUAGAGAGACCUUUUGAUAGGACUUUGUAAACAUUCCAUGCAAUAUUGUUAUUAGAUCUUAUUUUUCCACUUUCUUGUACGCGAAAGAGUACAUUAUAAUAUUUGUACAAACAUAAUAUUAAUUUUUUUUUUAUUGGUAUAAUAUACUCCAAAUUUAUAGUCCGAUCUACACGGCUAUUCUCUAACGUUGAUUUGUAUAACUCGCAAGUGCGAGUUUCGAAUUCACCGCUGUCUUUCUCAUUCUAUAGUAUCGUGUUAGACAGAGAGAGAUAGAGUUGAAUUCGAAACUCGCACUUGCGAGUUAUAAAAAUAUCGUUACAGAAUAGCCUAGCUGACAUUGCAACAUGCCGAACUGCGCAUUUAUUAUUAAUAGAAUAGGAUUAAAAUAACACAAGCUGGAAUGAUUAAACUGUAUUUCAAAUAACUUAUUACUCAUUCUUAAACAAAUCGUUACUUUGGUAGAUGGAUAAUACAUUAAUUAAAUUUACUUAACGCCACAUAAUAAUAUGUCAGCCUCCUUUACAUAGACCACAAUAUCAAACCAAACCUCAGAAUAAAACCAUAAUCAUUAAUAAACAGUACAGAUUAAAAUAUUUAUCUGGAAGAAGGAGUUUUUAUAUGUUGUCUUAUGUAUUUAUAAUUAUUUAAAUAAUUAAAAAUCUAACAUUAUAUUCCGGCUGGAAUGUUUUCGUAUACUAACUGUGUCAUGCGCAUCGUGUUCAGAGUGGACUUGAAGUUUUAUAUAUAUAUAGACACGUAUUAUGCUGUACAUUUUGUUUUUUUUUUUUUUAUUGAUAAAGGAAUAAAAUCGAUCAUAAUUCUUUCAUCAUCAUUGCCCGAGUAAAAUUUAGUAUUUAAAGUGAUAAUAAUAAUAUUUUAAGUUAAUUUAAUUAAACGGUGACUGAACAAGUGAAUGAAUCGCAAUACAUAAAAAUACGUACGUAAUAAACGAAAAAGUAUACACUUAGGUAUACAUUAUAUUUCCAGUGGUGCCAACAUGCAACCAAAUGAAGAGAAAUAGACAAAAUAUCGUCCAAUGGCGGUGGAGUUGUCGUGUGAAUGAAAGAGAUCGGUAUUUCCGGUUUGACUGCCAUUGGCUGAAAUUUGUCUAUUUCUCUUCAAGAGUUUAUCUCGCAUGUUAGCGACUGAGCAUUAAUUCAAGGAAUUGCGAUUCUAGUUGUCACUUUUGUGUACUAGGCUUAAGUUUGUGUAAAUGUUUGUGAUUGUCCAACCGUCCAUUUAUAUUAGGCCUUUAGGCCACAGUGACUUGCAAUGUAUUUAAAUUAUUUAUUUGUAUGGUUCUUCAUACAUCAUAUAUAAUAAAUUAAAUGAAAUAACUGCCAGUGUGAAUUAUAUAUUUAAAAUAAAUGACUAUUUACAAUU